CUGGUAUUUCUUCCACUGCCCCCAUGCUUAAGGCUGCAUUUCUGUCCGUGGUCCAUCUGGUAGUCUCCUACAUUACAAACAGCUGCUCCUGCUCAUCAGCCUUAGGUCUGUGCCCUCAUCUACUCCGUCCGUCCUCAAAGUCUGCAUCACCAGUCCCUCUACCCUGAUCUCUGCCAAGGAAUGAAAAAAGGGGAAAGAUAGGGAAAUAGUCAUUAUAGUUGAUGAAAACAUUUAAGUUUUCUUUCAAGUUGAAAGAGUUUGCUUUAUUCUGAUCAAUUGACAGAUAGUGGAUUUGAUCCCUCAACACAUCAAGCCAACUGGUGAGAGACUCCAUUUUCUGCCCCAGUGGAGAGAGAUAAACAGCUUUCUGUCUGGACAAGAGACUCGACAUUGGGGGACAAACCCAGUCAUCUUUAGCCAGGACACUGAAAGAGACUAAGUUUGCUGCUUUACCUUGAGAGACACAACCUUCUGUGUCAAGACAAGACAAGACGAGCAGUUUUCUGUCUAAACAGAGACAGAAAAGCCUAGAAAGAGAGACCAAGACCUCUGGAUUUCACCCUCUCAGGGACAGUUUUUUGCCUUAAUACAGAAACGGAGAUUACGACUGUUCUACUACAAUAUUCCUUACCCCUAAUAUUGAGAGUCCUUCACUUUUCUUCCCUGUCACCUGAACACUGAGAAAACCUUUCUGCAUUCUCAUUUUUAACAGAAAAGGCACCAGCCGGGUCUAAGCAGCUGCAUCUCAGACUCCAGACAAGCACCAAGCACCGUAAAGUGAGCAUCAUUGUUCUCCUUUCCGAGGUAAACAACAGAAGGAGGAGGGCGGAAGGGCAGAGGGAGCACCUUCUUCCUCCCUAAAGUACCCCCAGCUGCCAAGACCCCAGUCAGGCCGUUCCAGAGGUGUGGUGUGUGACGGGUGAUGGCCGACUGGAGUCUACUGGGAAACUUCUUGGAAGAGGUGCAGGAACACUCGACGUCUGUGGGCAAGGUGUGGCUCACCAUCCUCUUCAUCUUCCGUAUUCUGGUCUUGGGCACGGCCGCUGAGUCGUCGUGGGGCGACGAGCAGGAGGACUUCACCUGCGACACGGAGCAGCCUGGUUGCGAGAACGUUUGUUACGACACGGCCUUCCCCAUCGCCCACAUCCGCUACUGGGUGCUGCAGAUUGUCUUCGUGUCCACGCCGUCGCUCAUCUACAUGGGCCACGCCAUGCACACGGUGCGCAUGGAGGAGAAACGCCGGCGCAAGGAGCAGGAGGACCAGGGGGGUGGUGACGGGGAGGAAGGAGGGGAAGGAGGAGAGGAGAAGCAUUAUCUGGAGCACGGGGAAGACAAGGGGGGAGAGUGCGGGAAGGAGGGCAGCGGCAUAGGGAGGGUGCGUCUGCGCGGGGCGCUGCUGCAGACUUACGUGUUGAGCAUCCUGAUCCGGACGCUAAUGGAGGUGGUCUUCAUCGUGGUGCAGUACAUCCUCUAUGGGGUCUUCCUCAACGCCCUGUACGUGUGCCACAGUCGGCCCUGUCCCCACCCGGUUAACUGUUACGUCUCGCGGCCCACGGAGAAGAAUGUGUUCAUCGUGUUCAUGCUGGCCGUGUCGGGCGUGUCGCUGUUUCUCAGCGCCGUGGAGCUCUACCACCUGGCCUUUAAGCAGUGUCAGAGGUUUCUGAGGAGUAAACGACAACAGCAACAACAACAGCAACAUCAACUGCUACAAGGACGCACGCCCUCAAGUGCUACGGUCAUAGCCGCUGAACCGGACAGCCCACCCCGUCCGUCCAUGCCUUGCACCCCGCCCCCAGACUUCAGCCAGUGUGUGAUCUCUUCCCCUCACACACACCCAAUGCACACCCAAUCCCACCCCCAUCCUAGCUGCCCUCCCUUCAACAACCGGCUGGCCCACCAGCAGAACUCAGUCAACAUGGCCACUGAGCGCCACCGUGUUGUCCACGAUGACCUGGGGAAGGAAGACUUCCUGCACAUGACCUAUGAGGGGCACGCCGACACGCCCAACGCCUGCAUCCCACCCCCUUCGCUGCUCCAAAACGGCUUCCAAAAUGGCUACCUGAAAGACAAGAGGCGUCUGAGCAAGACCAGCGGCUCCAGUAGCCGUGUGCGACCCGAUGACUUGGCUGUGUAGCCCCAAUUCCCAACACACACACUGUUCCUGGAUCAUUUCAAACACACACUCACACACACACACACAGAAGAAUGGGAUGACUAUGGCUCGUCUGUUGUGGUGGACUAAUUUGAGCACUGCAUGGCACAUGUCAACAAAGUUACAAAGUAUCACAAGUCAUGAAACAGAAUACUCGAGCUAAUCAGAAGUCCUGAAAUAUGGAUGCUUGAGGAACAAUUGACAUACACAUUGGCACUUAGAUAUCAUUAGUAUGGGUCUCAGUCAUGGUUUUGAGACAUAGAUCCACGGGCACAACACAGCUGUAGAGGGGUUAGUGCCUUCAUAUUUAGCCCUCAGGACUAAUCCCCUAAUGUGACUGUCUGAGACAUCUGUCUUGAUGCGUCCUAAAUGGCACCCUAUUGCCUAUAUAGCAGCAGGUAGCCUAGUGGUUAGAGUGUUGGGCCAGUAACCGAAAGAUGGUAUCCCCGAGUUGACAAGGUAAAAAUCUGUAAUUCUGCCCCUGAGCAAGGUACUGUUCCCAGAAGACGUGGAUGUUGAUUAUGGCAGCCCCUCGCACCUCUCUGAUUCAGAGGGGAUGGGUUAAAGGUGGAAGACACAUUUCAGUUGAAUGCAUUCAUCUGACUACGUAUCCCCCUUUACUUUUAACCAGGGCACAUAUAGCUUUGGUCAAAAGUAGUGCACUAUAUAGGAGAAUAAGGUGCCAUUUGUGACAGAGACAUUGACUGCUGUCUCUGAGUCUCUCCCUGAGAGACAGGGGGGGCCUUGUGCCAAACCUGAGAAUGAGUGGGUCACUGCCACACUAUCAGCUCUGUGACACUGACUGGCUGCUGGGGACAGCUAAGUGGGACAGAUGACAGCCAGUCUGUCGCUCAGAGAGAGAUAUGUGAAGGACGGCUGCCUGUCAGUGACCCACAAACGCACGCUUAGACAAAUGCUCUACACGUGUAGGCUUGCUCUCUCUCACGCACGCGCACAUACAAUACAUUUACAGAGGCACGCAGACACUUUCAUUGGCAUACAAUACAAACAUGCAGACACACCAUGGGAAUCCUGAUGUUGUAAUCACCUCCCAAAACCACUUCCCAAAACCAUUGUUACUAACUUUGCAAUUGAAAACGCUCGUAAUCGAACUUCUAGAACAGCUAAGUGUGUCAGAUGCUUUUUCGCCCUUAUACACAGAGAUAUCUGCUAAACUUUGAAUCACAGUGUGAUAGUGUCUCUGUGACAUCGAUAACUUCAGAACAAAGUUGACUACAAAUACAAAGAUGCCAAUGAGUUUGCAAUUGAUACAAAGAAGCAACGUAGAAAAAUAUGCUUCAAAUUAAAAAUGCAGUCAAGAUGACUGCAUUAAAAUAUAAAGAGUAGGCUGUAGGCCUAUAUCAAUAAUAUGUUAUAAAAUGUUCAAAUAAUUUAGUAAAAUUUUGUUCCUGGGCGUAACUUUGGUUUUAGAAACGGGGGGGAGGGGCAUAAUAAAUAUAUAUAUUUUUUUUAUCCUAUCGGAUAAACGCUCCAAACAGCCUACCCAACCGCUCGGAGUUGUCCGCAUGGUCCUAAAGCACACCGUUGCAUCAUUUUGUAUCAUAUUCCAAUGACAUGGGGGGGGAACAAAAAAUGCAAUUCCAGAAUGUAGGGGGGGGACAUGUCGCCAGUGAAAGUUGCACCCCUGAUUUUGCUACUUGUAGGCUACUGUCAGUAUUUGUCUCAACAUAUUCACACAAUACGCAAUGAUGUGUCAAAUCGGUGAUUUAGUGCAUUUUCAUUGGGUAAGCAUUAUUCAUAAUAAACUGCCUCAAUAUUUGCAGCAGUAGGUGGGAAUAUCUCUCCAGGAGCUGAUCCGUUUUCAGUAUUGUGAAAUAAUUAUAAUGUUAAGGAAAUAUUUGAACGGAGAAAGCUGAUCCGAGAGCAGCGCUCCCUUUCUUUCGAGCCUAUCAGGAUCUACACAAUGCUCCAACGAUGUACUUUGCGACCGUUCUCUCUGCGUGGUGUUUUGACAGACGCGUGAUACAUCGUUAUCGGAAAACCGGGCGGAGACCUUGAACGUGAUCUUGCCAAACAAGUGUAUGUCUAUUGUCAAGGAAACACCGCUUUUAUUUAUCACUGUCAGCUCGUGAGUUAGGAGACUGUGAAAAGUAAGCCGGAGAGGAAUUCUCUUAAUUUUUGGAAAGUCAUUCCCUUUCAGAAUUAUCAAACAGAAGGGCUGAUAAAUAUAAAAAAUAGGACCUAUCUUUUUUACCUGGCAAAGUAUGUGGUCGAAAACUGAAAACGUUUUGCACUGGUUUACCGAAUCUGUGUGUGUAGUGUUUUACAACAUCUCAGAUUUAUGUUUUGAAAUGUUUAACUAAAUCUAACUGCUAAUUCACAAAAAAAACGUUGUCUAGCUCAUUUUCAAUGCAUCUUUGUUUAACGUGAAUGAUUGUAUUGGGGUGGUGUCAUUGCAAUCACAUUUUUGUCAACUUCGCACUUUAGCAAAAAGCAAUGAAAAUAUGUAUCUUUAGUGUUCCAAAUGUUUUCAUGUUUAUUUUAUAUGUAAAAGUAGAUAUUGUCUGCCAUUAAAAACACAUUUAUCCAUGACACAUGAUAGGAAUUUGCAAGCUAUGUCUUAUCUACUAAUAUUUUAAGUAGAGCGAUUCUAUUUUACACACUGAUGACAACGUUCACUGUUCUAUCUGCACUAUAUUGUAUAUUGACUGUGUAUGGUAAAGACCACUGAUCCUCUUCGUACUAAUUGUGACAAAAUGUAAAACAAGCACGAACUCAAUAUAUACACCCCCCAUAUGUAUCAUGCACUCUAUUUGACUGAUAUCUUCUAACCUAUGAACACACUUCAGAGGUAUUUGGGAUUUUAUUUUACUGGCUUCUUAUAGAGCAACAGGGUCAAUCAUUUGUUGAGUUUCAGUAUCAGUUUCCAUUUGUCCUGAUCUUCUAUAACCCCUCUUUAUAGCCAUAUUUAAUCUGUGUGUAUAAAACAAGAGGCAUGAACGCCAGACUUUCACAGCUGCAGGACAAAUUUACCAUCGCUAAAAUUAGCCGAGGACAAAGUCCUCUUGACCAGGCUGCUCUCUGGAAUGCUGGGUAAUUAUAGUGGACAUUCGGAGCCAGAGAACCUUGAGAAAUGAUUCCCAGCGUUAAAGUUUUGAUAAUAGGCUAGGGAAUUAUUCCCAACGUUUCCCAGGGCACGGCCUGGACGGGAGCCAAAGAAAAUUCCCUGUGUGUGUGUGUGUGUGUGUGUGUGUGUGUGUGUGUGUGUGUGUGUGUGUGUGUGUGUGUGUGUGUGUGUGUGUGUGUGUGUGUGUGUGUGUGUGAGCCUAGUGGCUAGAGUGUUUGACUAGUAACCGGAAAGGUUGCAAGUUCAAAUCCCUGAGCUGACAAGGUACAAAUCUUUCGUUCUGCCCCUGAACAGGCAGUUAACCCACUGUUCCUAGGCCGUCAUUGAAAAUAAGAAUUUGUUCUUAACUGACUUGCCUAGUUAAAUAAGGGUAGACAAUUUAAUUAAAUAAAAAACAUACAAUGAGUAUGUAUGGGCAUUCAUCGGAAAUAGUCACUACCUGUGCUUGAAUUCACAUUGGCACUGCUACAUCUGAGUAGCAGUGCCAAUCUAGGAUCAGUUUAGCCUUUUAUGUUAUAAUGAAUAAGAGGGGGGACCUGAUCCUAGCUUAGUACUCCUACUUUGAGAUGCGAAUACGGGCCCCAAUUGUAUGGUUAUCAUUUUGACCUGAUACACUUCAAUAAUUAUUUCAACAUUACACAGGAGUAAAACAAUUUGCCAGUCUGUCGGAUAUUGUUGCCAGUUCCGAACUUCAAUAACAAAAAACGGUUUAAUGCACUAGGCUCUGUUAAGUAGAGCGGUAGUUCAACCAGGUAUCCCUGGGGGAUACUUUACCUAUCCACAGGGAACACUUGAAGAGACUCAAAAGACCAUAGGUUACUGGUGAAAUGCAAAUGAGGGUGUACUUCAGGGAACAAAAUGAACUUGGUGGUACAGUAACCCAAAAAGUUAGAGAACUACUGGAGUCGAGUACCACAAAAUGAUAUUUCUUGGCAUUGGGCCCUGGAAAUCUAAGAAUGGGAUGUAAAGCAGCGCUGACCAGUGUUUCUCCACUAGGUGGCCACAUUGCUCUAUACAGUGUGAGAUCCAUUGCAACCGACACAAAGGAUUCUUCCAUAUUGUUUUGAUUCAUCGUACGUAGAUUACUCCUCCAUAAGGUGCGAUUGCCUAGUGUCAUGGGAAUUCUGGUGCGCCAGGGGGAAAAUACUAUACAACACAGCACAGGCCACCUGUAUACCAAACAAUAUAUUUUAUUAGUCUUCCAACACCACAGCCCUGUACCAAAUUCAAUGGAGUCACAUGACAACAUGUUAACACAGGAGAGGCAGGGACACAGAUACAACCUACUAGCUCAUUUUCUGUUUAGCUUUUUUUGUCGUCAUUUCUGUUUUUUUUUAAUUCAGCAAAAUUCCAUGGUCACCACCCCCUCCAAGUAACCCAGACAUGGUUAAGGCUUCUUCUUCUUCUUCUUUUACUCUCCUCUCUGUACUCCUAGCCUGGAAAGGUGAGAGCAGAGGCUUUGCUUUCUGCUGUGUCUGUUUGUCCGUUAGGGCUAAGAGGGGUUUGAGGUGUGACAGACAUCACCCCCCCCCCCUAACCCACAACCCCAUAUCCAAUUCUAAACCAGGCCUCAUCAGCGUAUGCCCCAGAAUCACCCCUCCUACCGAGGGUUUUUUGACAAUAAAAACAGGAGAAAAAAAAGAAAAUAAACAUUCUUUACAGUUAAAUCAUGU